GACCCCUCCCCCGCCCGUCUCAGGCAACCAGGCAAGCCCACCCAACCUCCACUUCCAUUACAACCGACCUGGCCAGCCGUCACGUAUGCCUUCAUCUUCUCCGGGGUAGACCUCCGCGUCUGUGCCCUCUCCCCAGGAAGGAAAAAAAGUGGCAGGCUCGGAGUGAGCAUGUUGGAAAACGGCAGGAAGGUGUUCAAGGAAGGCGUGCUGGAGAAGAGGAGCGACGGCCUGCUCCAGCUGUGGAAGAAGAAGCUGUGCGUCCUGACUGAGGAAGGCGUGCUGCUGCUGCCGCCCAAGCAGCAAGAUCAUCACGUCCAGCAGCAGCAGCAACCGCCGCAACCGCACCACAACCAUCACCACCACCGCGGAGAAGACGCGGGCAAAGUCAAGGAGCUCCACUUCGCCAACAUGAAGACCGUGGACUGCGUGGAGCGCAAGGGCAAGUACAUCUACUUCACCGUGGUCAUGUCCGAGGGGAAGGAGAUCGACUUCAGGUGCCCGCAGGACGAGGGCUGGAACGCGGAGAUCACCCUGCAGAUGGUCCAGUACAAGAACCGCCAGGCCAUCCUUGCGGUUAAGUCCACCCGGCAGAAACAGCAGCUGCUCGUCGUGCACAUGCCCGGACAGAGCCACAAGACCUUGCGGAGCUCGCCGAACGUUGCGUGACCUGCCCGGCAAGUCAGGCGGACAUUCAUGCGCCGUUUGCGGUUAAUUGGACACUGGGCGAUAAAUAUCGACUCCCCACCCACCAUAGUCGCAUCAACACGAGGACAAGACCACCCCACCCACCCAUGUUCCCAUGGAGCCCCUCACUGGACUUCCUCCCCUAAAGACUCAUGGACUAACUAAAAAGCAUGUGAGAAAACAAAGUGCGGUGGACUGUUCAGUUAUUUAUUAGACAUGUAUAUAUUUUUUUCUAUGAGUGUGUGCAAUGCGAUGUCUGUUAUUGGAAAUAAGCCUUUAUUUGUACUGUGGUUGUCUUAUUAGCAGGUAGGUCGUCAUCAUCGAACCAAAGAUUCAUUUUCAGACGCAAUUUUGCUUGUUUAAUGAAUGGGAUAAUUAGCCACGGUAGCCUGAAUGGAAGUCUUAAAUCUGAUGUUCGCUAAUGAACUGACGAGUAUUAUGUUCAAGCUACGGGGGUUGAGUGGUGGUCGGGGUGCUGUGAGAAGCUGAUAGAACGCCGCCAUUUUGUUGAUUAACAUCCGUCACAUCCAAUAUGGCUGCGCUCGUCCACGAGCAGGUAGCAUGUUAGCUCAACUGACGAAACGCCCCUUCACAAGAGUCAAACGCGGACUGUGAGUUCAGUUAACUCUUUUCAUAUGUAAACAAUUUCAUAU